CACCGCCUGUGCUAACCAAUCAGAGCCCAGUUCUCCUGUCACACUGCUCACGUCUAGGCUCCGCCCCGCCCCCCAGCCGAAGCGCGUUCUGAUUGGUGGAAAGGGGACUGUGGGCGGUGUACCGGAAAUAGGGACGGUAACCAUAGCAGCAGUCGAGCGGGCUGCUGGGGCUGCGUUCCUUCCGCUUCCGCCUCCCUCUCCGCGGGCCCCGCACAGAGACCGAGAGGAUGAGCAAGGUCCGAGAGAGCCCCGCGGCGACAGGAGGAGCCGCCGCAAUCCUGCUCCGCUACCUCCGGGACCAGAAUCGGCCACACAGCGCCCAGGACGCCUUCGGGAACCUGCAGCGGGAGCAUGGGCUGGGCAAGACGGCUGUGGUGAAAGCAUUGGAGCAGCUGGCUCAACAAGGGAAAAUAAGAGAGAAGGCUUAUGGGAAACAGAAAAUAUACUUUCCAGACCAGGAUCAGUUUCCCACAAUGAGUGACUCUGAGCUUAAAGCCUUGGACAAUGAAAUCUCGGAGCUUUCUUCAAAAGUACAAACCCUUCAACAGAGCUGCCGCCAUAUGGAAUCAGAACUGAAGGAUCUGAAUGGCUCAAUGACAACCCCAGAGAUGAUUAAAGAGAUUGAAGAGUUAAAAAAAGAUUGUGCCAGUUACACAGAGAAACUGGAGCGAAUUAAAUCUGCAGCAAACCAUGUGACUCCUGAAGAGAAAGAGAAGGUUUACAACGAGAAAAAGCUGUACUGUAAAGAAUGGAGGAGGAGGAAGAGAAUGGCAACUGAGCUACUUGAUGCAAUUCUGGAGGGCUACCCCAAAAGCAAGAAACAGUUCUUUCGGAGGAAUGGUCACCGUCAGCUCUGGGGGCACAUGGCAGCUCCCAGAGCCCAGGAAGCAGAGACAAAAACGGAUACCUGCAGUUACUGAGGCAACACGGAACCCACACAGUGUCUGGCCUGGGGAUCAUUUAGACACCUAUGCCUGAGAACACCUCACAGGCACACCACUUAGCUACCGAUUGGAUGGACUAGCUCCAAACAGCUCUUUCAAAAGGAUGGGACCAAAACACAGUAAAGAUCCACCUGUCCAAGGGCAUCUCUGCUGACAACAGUCCACAGCGUGAAUGAGCAGCUGGGGAAAUUAAUUAUAGCAAAGGCCAAUAACAAAGAUACUGGGUGCCAACUGGGCCACCUGCUUCUCCUGCAGGCCCCUGGGGUUGGGCCCUGGCUUGUCUAGGCAGGAUUCUCACUAGAAGGGCUCAGCUGCAUUCCGGAUUUCAAGAGAGACUGGGUUUCUAAGCUGAGAUCCCUUCCGCAGAGGGGCCAACUUUUUAGCACUUCCUGGAGUCAGGCCCCUUUAAGGUGUCUCAGAGUAGGCAUCCAUCACCACUCAGCACUCAAAAACCUCAGCCAAGAAGUUUCCUCAGCACUUCGGUCCAGUUCUCUUCUGUUCUACGUUACCAGGAGAGUCCCAUCAAACUGCCCUGCAGGAAGCCAGGACACCAUCCUCCCUACCCAAGGGCAGGGGAAGCUGGCAGAGGAAGCUCUUGCAAUCACAGUCUCUUACAGAAUAGCUACCUAAGGAGAAUGAGACUGAACAGGAAUAUGAGUGAGAGUGUGGAAAAAGCCCCUAUUAACUGAAGUGCUGGAGAAGCUGGUGGAACAUAGAGAAGGGACCAUACCUGUAUUGGGGACUGAGGAGGCACUGGUGGAGCCAAUGCUGUUAGCUCGGGAUACUAUGCUUCCUUUCCUAGUGCUUUCCACAAAGAGUGCUGAAAGAGAAAAUACCACACCGUAUUUCCUUAAGUCAUGCAGGAGGCAGUGUCACUAACCCCCAGAGACACUGCAACUGGGACACAGAAGGGAUCAACUCUGCAAGGCAAGUCACAGGGCAACCAGCUCUAGGGAUUAGCAGCUGUUGCAGUCCCAGUCAGUGUGCAGAUGGGUACGAUGAAUGCUGAAAAGCCACUGGGCCCAGACAUGAAAGCCAACUAAAGCACAGCAGUGUAACUCUAAUAUCCUUUGCACCCGUUUCCCUGUCUGUAAAAUGGGGGAAAUACAUUCUGGGAGACCUGUGAAGUGCUCCAAGAGCCUCUCAUUAAAGGAGGAAAGAAUACGUUGAUGAUCGCGA